AUGUCAACUUCUUCUUCCCUGACGCAGAGAAUCCCGAUUAGUUCGCAGCCGAAUGGAGCCGAGCAAGAGCAGUCGGAGUCUCUUCCUCCUCCACAGCUAAAGAGACAAUACUCGAGAUCUCAACAUGCCGUGUCACAGACAAUGACGUCAGCUGCAAACUUGGCUAAUCUUCUUCCGACCGGAACGCUCUUAGCUUUCCAGCUCUUAAUGCCGGUCUUCACGUCAAACGGCUCGUGCGAUUACCCGACGCGCGUUUUAACCGCGAUUCUACUAACGCUUCUCUCCAUCUCUUGCUUCCUCAGCUCAUUUACAGACAGCGUCAAGGCUGAAGACGGUAACGUGUACUACGGGUUUGCUACUCUCAAGGGUAUGUGGGUUUUUGACUACCCUGACCCGUCCGGUUCGGGUUUGCCCGACCUCAGUAAAUACCGGCUUCGGAUCGUGGACUGGAUCCACGGGGUUUUGUCUGUGCUUGUGUUCGUUGCGGUGGCUCUGAGGGACAAGAACGCCGUGACCUGUUUUUACCCGGCGCCGGAGCAAGGAACCAAGAAGGUUUUGGAUAUUGUUCCGAUGGGUGUUGGGGUUAUUUGCGGCUUGUUGUUCAUUGUUUUCCCGGCGAGAAGACACGGUGUCGGAUAUCCGGUCACCGGAAACGGAGACGGACGUCGCAGUUAG